AUGUUGCGUCUGUGUCCAGAGUGUUCCUUUAAACUAAACCAUCAUCACAAGAGAAAGGAAGUAACAGUGAAGAAGAGACGGCGAUCAAAAGAGAACGUGGACAAGUCACUGUCAAAGACAUCCAAAUCAUCCAGAAAGCACAAGCGCAAACACAAAAAGAGGCGCAAAGAAUACUCAUCUUCAAGUUCAGAGGAGUCCCAGGGUUCAGAUAAAGAUGCAGAGGGUGGAGAAGAAGAGGAAGAGGGUCCUUCAGAGUCAGACCACUGGAGGGGUCCAGCGCCCACCGUGGAGGAGAAGUCACGGGAGGAAGAGUUUGACGAAUAUUUUGAAGACAUGUUUCUCUGAGUCGAAGGAAAGGAAGAUCCAAGAGAAUCUCAUGCCUACGGUUUUCUUUUAUAACUGUUAGCUUUGUUUUUGAGAAGUGUAGUUUGAUUACAAUUUGGUGAUUAUUAUGUACAUUUUUGUAAUAAUUUCUACUGGGUUUCAUUCAAGCAUAAAAAUGUGCAUGUGUAGGCCUUAUUCAUAAAA